AGACUAUAGUCGAAGACUUCAUACAUGUGAAGUAACACCAUUUGAGGAAGGAUAUGUGAAAACUAAACAAAAUGUUUGGCAGAGAAACAAGAAAAAUAGCCAUGCUUUUGAAGCUUGUAAUACUCACACUAGUAACCCUAGCAGCAGCUGAAGAUCUUAACUUCACCUUCAAUGGCUUCCAGUCUGCCAAUCUUUACCUCGACGGCAUAGCGGAAGUCACACCAAAUGGCCUUUUGAGGCUUACAAACGAGACUAAGCAGAACCAAGGCCAUGGAUUUUAUCCCAACUCCAUAACCUUCAAGAACUCAUCCAACGGCACGGUUUUCUCCUUCUCAACAACUUUUGUGUUCGCCAUCAGAUCAGAAUAUGCAGAUUUGAGCGGUCAUGGAAUCGCUUUCGUGGUUGCUCCAACGCAAGGCCUUCCCGGCGCUCUUCCAAGCCAAUACCUCGGCCUUUUCAACGAGUCCAACACUGGAAAUGAUACCAAUCAUGUUUUUGCCGUGGAGCUCGACACCAUCCAGGGCAAGGAAUUCAAUGACAUCAAUGACAACCAUGUUGGGAUUGAUAUCAACGGCUUGCACUCUAAGAAAGCUGCGUCAGCUGCAUACUAUGAUUCAAAUAAUGGCAGGUUUCGGAAUUUAACUCUCAUCAGCGGUCAACCGAUGAAAGUUUGGGUGGAAUAUGAUGGCGCCAAGAAGCAAAUCGAUGUCACUUUGGCUCCAAUCAAUGUUGAUAAACCCUACACUCCACUUUUGUCUUUGAAUCUCGAUCUUUCGCUGAUACUCAACGAAACAAUGCAUGUCGGCUUCUCUUCAUCCACCGGCUCAGUCCUCACAUCUCAUUAUGUGUUGGGUUGGAGCUUCAAAAUCAAUGGCCAGGCUCAAGAACUUCUUGUGUCAAAACUUCCUAAGUUGCCGCAAAUAAGAGGUAAAAAGAGGUUGAAACUUUUGACAAUUGGCGUGCCUAUUUUAUCUGUGAGUUUGAUUUUUCUGGCAGUUUACGGUUUAAUUUACGUCAUAAGAAGGAAGGGGAUGUUUGCAGAAUUGCUCGAAGAUUGGGAGCUUGAGUAUGGCCCUCAAAGGUUUAAGUACAAAGAGUUGUACAUUGCAACAAAAGGGUUUAAAGAAAAGGAGCUUUUGGGAAGUGGGGGUUUUGGUAAAGUGUAUAGAGGCAUAUUACCCACCACAAAAACUGAGAUUGCUGUGAAGAGAGUCUCACAUGAGUCAAGGCAGGGGAUGAAGGAGUUUGUGGCGGAAAUUGUGAGCAUUGGCCGCCUUCGCCAUCGGAAUUUAGUCCCACUCUUGGGAUACUGCAGAAGAAAAGGGGAGCUGCUUUUGGUGUAUGACUACAUGCCUAAUGGAAGCUUGGACAAGUACCUCCAUGACCAACCGGCGGUCACUCUCAAUUGGAGCCAGAGGUUUAGAGUUAUCCGAGGCGUUGCUUUGGGGUUGUUCUAUCUUCAUGAAGGAUGGGAACAAGUUGUGAUUCACAGAGAUGUUAAGGCCAGCAAUGUGUUGUUAGAUGGUGAAUUGAAUGCAAGGCUAGGGGAUUUUGGGCUUUCAAGACUAUAUGACCAUGGAACAGACCCUCAAACUACUCAUGUAGUUGGAACACUCGGGUAUUUAGCUCCGGAACAUACAAGAACAGGGCGGGCCACAGCGAGCACCGAUGUGUUUGCUUUUGGGGCAUUUUUGCUCGAAGUUGCUUGUGGAAGAAGGCCGAUAGAAGCGCAAGGUCCUGAGCAGGAUUUGAUCUUGGUGGAUUGGGUUUUUUCUUGUUGGAACAGAAGUAAUAUUCUCGAGGCAAAGGAUAAAAACAUUGGGACGGAUUUAACCGAGGAGGUGGAGUUGGUAUUGAAGCUAGGGUUGCUGUGCUCUCACCCGGAGCCUUCGGCUAGGCCGAGCAUGCGACGAGUCGUGCAGUAUUUGGAGGCGGACAUUGCUUUGCCAGAGCUCUCAGUUCUUGGGCUUUCUUCAAGUGGAUUGACUUUUGCUUACCCUGAAGGUUUUGAUGAUUUUGCUAUGUUAUAUUCUUCUUCUGUGGCCAAGGGGCUUUCAUCUUCAUCGUACGCUGCAGAGUCCGCACUCCUCUCAGGUGGUCGCUGAAUAAAAAGGAACUACGCGUUUUGGAUACAGAAAAAAAUUACUCGUGUAUGUAUUCUGUUUCGAGAGUAACGUUACGUCUAGUAUACUGGAAUCCAAUUCAUAGCCAUAGAUAUAUAUAUACUGCAACAUCUAUAUAGCCAUAGACA